AUGACAGCUAAAGAGCAUGUAAUUGUAGAAGAUUCCCUUGAUGCGGAUGAUAUGGGACGAUCAGCAAUUGCUCUCUUUAUUCUAUCAUUUUUGACUAUCUUCAUAGCUUUCUGGACUGGCAUCACUGGAUGUUGGAAGAGGUCACCUGGAAACAUAACAGCAACUGCUAUUCUUAUGCUUCUUGCUUAUGAUGGUACUACCAAGAAGACCGGAUCAGUACCAGUUAAAACAAUAAUUCCACGCAUUGUAUUACCCUCUGAAGUAAAAAUAUCUGCCAGACCUGCAGCUCAAAACAGUCUUCCCUGGAGCAUCACAAGAUAUAAUAUCAGGUCUGUCGUCAGCCAAAGGUUCCCUUCAGAACCAAAUCUUAGUCAGAAAAGUACAAGGAGAGGAGUACAAGUAAUAACUGGUGGUCUGAUUGCUGCUGGAGCAAUGGGCCUUUGGCAUGGAGUUGAAUACUAUGAGAAAGAACGUGUAGUAGGGGAAGAAUUCUACCAGCAAUGGAAUAAUGUCCUUAGAGAUGCAUCUAUCACUGUCUACGAUUGGUCAUUCUUCCUUGUCUGGAGUGGAGUUGGUUUCUCUUUUGUGAGUGCUGUUCUAUUCUCUGGAGCAGCCAUCUGCCUACGCAUGUAUCCGCAGAAACAGCAAUAUGCCUACCCACCUGGAUAUCCACCAGCAGCGUAUGCUCCAGGACCCCCUUACUAUCACGGCUCUCAAUAUGGACCUUACAAUUACUAA